AUGGUCUCUCCUCCAGUACUGGCCUACUACGAUGUCAACGCUGAGGUUACAUUGUCAGUCGACGCAAGCUCUAAGGCAUUUGGAGCAGUACUUCUCCAGAACAACAAACCGAUCGCUUACGCAUCAAAGUCGCUCUCCAAGGCCCAAGAAAAUUACCCGCAGAUUGAGAAAGAAGCGGCCGCGAUGCGUUACGCAUGCAACAAGUUCCAUGUGUACGUCUACGGGAAGACGCUGACAAUAGAGACAGAUCACAAACCACUCGAGUCGAUCUACAAGAAGUCUCUCGAUCGCGCUCCACCCAGACUGAAACGGAUUCUCUUGGAUGUGAUGCAGUACAACCCGUACGUCGUCUACAAGAAAGGGUCAGACAUUCCGCUACCAGACAUCUUGAGUAGAGACGUAGAGAACAAGGAGGAGGACGACCCGACCGAUGAACUCGAAGUUCAUAUCGUUCUCCAAAUGUCCAAGGCAGUGAAGGCGGAGUUCGUCGAAGAGACGCAGAAGGAUCUAGAGCUGAACCAGCUGUCAAGAACCAUCUUGGAUGGAUGGCCACACGAGAAACUGCUGGUACCCAACAACAUCCGCAAGUAUUGGACCUUCCGAGACGAACUUUCAUACUAUGAAGGAUUGGUAUUCCGAGCUCACCAAAUUGUUGUACCAGGAAGUUUGCGUCCACUGAUGCUGAAGUACGUACACGCUGGGCACACUGGCGUGCAAGGAUGUAUAAGGAGAGCCAAGCAAAUGCUGUUUUGGGUAGGAAUGAGCAGCGACAUUACCAACACCGUGGAGUCUUGCACUACCUGCGAACGAUACCAACAAUCCAACCAGAAACACGAAGUUAUGACCCACGAGAUUCCCACACUGCCAUUCGAAAUUGUCGGGUCUGACCUGUUUCAUUUCCAAGGCGAUGAAUAUCUACUGAUUGCCGACAGUUACUCCGGAUUUUUUGACUUCGCCAAAUUGAGAGAAUUGACCACCAAAUCAGUAGUUAAUCAGCUGAAAAGCUGGUUCGCCACGCACGGAGUUCCAAGGAAGUUGAUUACAGAUAACGGCCCCCAGUAUGCGUCCAUUGAGUUUGCCCAGUUUGCCAAGAAGUGGUGUUUCGAUCACAUCACGUCAAGUCCACACUACCCCAAAAGUAACGGGCUGUCGGAGAGAUUCGUACAAACAGCAAAAUCUCUGCUCAAGCGUUGCGACAACGAUGGGUCUGACAUACAGCUGGCGCUCCUGCAUUACAGGAACACACCAAGGGACGGAGAGCUUCAAUCAAGCAACCAGUGA